AUUGGAAUGGGAUGCCAGGAGCCCGUCCACCCCCAGAGCCGAGCUGGGUCACAUGCGCAGCAGUUACCGGGUGUUGACAAACCGAACGCACCCGGCGCCGUGUUUUGUUGUUGUUUUUCAGCGGUGUUUCGUGUUUGGCCUGUCAAAUCGUGGGACUUUUCACUGGAACGGCGAGACUGGAAUAAGAGGACAAGGAGCACAAUGAAACCACCAUCGCAGACUCGGUCAUCUCCUGUAAGCAGCCUUGUAUUUGACGGUGUUUACAACAAUGCUCGGAUGCUUCAUUUCCUCACAGCGGUCGUGGGCUCCACCUGUGACGUGAGAGUGAAAAAUGGCACAGUGUACGAAGGAAUCUUCAAGACUCUGAGCUCACAGUGCGAGCUGGCUGUGGAUGCUGUUCAUAAACGGAGUGAUGGAGAUGGAGGUGGGGGAGGUGACGAGGGAGGAGGAGGAGGAGGAGGAAGCCAGUCCUCUGCGCCCAAAAUUGAGGAUAUCACUGACACCAUGAUCUUCAGCCCGACUGACCUGGUCACCAUGACCUGUCGGGAUGUUGAUCUAAACUUUGCGGUCAGAGACACAUUCACUGACACGGCCAUCAGCACGUCGCGGGUGAACGGGGAGCACAGGGAGAAGGUCCUGCAGAGGUGGGACGGAGAUGGAAAUGGAGAAAAUUUCGAGCUGGACUCAGACACAUCAAACGGCUGGGAUGCCAACGAGAUGUUCAAGUUUAAUGAGGAGGCGUACGGCGUCAAGUCCACCUAUGACUCCAGCCUCUCCAUGUACACCAUGCCUUUGGAGAGGGGGAACUCAGAAGGUUACCGGCAGCGUGAAGCACGAGCAGCUCGGUUAGCCAGCGAGAUCGAGGGAGGCCUGCAGUACCGCCGGCGGGUUUCUUUAGAGAACGAUGAGGGGAGGAGUGAGGAGGAGAAAUACAGCUCUGUGGUCCGAGAGAGGGAGGACAGGACGAGCCCCGGAUUGUCCUCCACCGGCAGGGAAGGUAAAUACAUUCCUAGGGCUCGAGAGAUUGGCCUGUCUGGCGGCACCGUGAGGACCGGAGCCUCCGGUCGAACCGCAGCGCCGACCUCCUCCAGGCACCCGGCGCCCAGCUCCUCCUCACCCAAACCGCCCUCUGACGGGAGCAGCCCGCUGUCCGUCAGAACCGCCUGUUCUCCUCACCAAUCACAGAGCAGCCCACCUGCAGCCAGCAGCCCGCCCUGCACCAAUCACGUUCUCCCACACUCCCUCUCACAUCCACAGGCGCUGGCCGACACGACCCGCUCGUCUUUUAACGGAGCCGCUUUGAGAACUUCCCCAAAAUCCCAGAGACUUCAGAGCAACAGAAACCAGCGAACCCCGAACUCCCAGUCGUCUCCUGCAGUCUCUCGUGCUCCAAAACAAGAUGCCCCUCCCCAGGAGCUCCCCCUUGUUGGCCCUGCCUACCUGGACUCCUCCCCCUCCACUGUCACCAUGGCAACCACCACCAAACCCUCCGGCCCCACCCCACUCUUCCCUGUCGAUGUGAAUGAAAUCCUAAGUUCAGCAGCUAAAGAGCGGAGUGAGAGUCUGUCCAGUCCACAGGAAGGCAAGAGCAGCAAAGCUCCGUCGGUUCAGCAGAGAUCUCAGCUGGAGGAGCUCCGCAAGUUUGGGAAAGAAUUCAGGCUGCAGCCCAGCUCUUCUCCUUCGUCGAGCCCAGCGUCUGCAGAUCCUCCUCAGCACAGCUCCUCGUCCUCCCCCGGCCCACCUAAACCUGCCCCCUCCCUCACCUCCUGUGCCCAAGAUCUGCAGCAGACCACAGAUCCAGCUCCCCCCAACACUGCAUCCGCUGCUCCCACACCUCCGGCUCCAUCUGGCCCCCAGUCCUCAGGGCCAGAGGGGGCGCCGCCCGGGACGACCCAGCCGACCCCAGCCCCCAGCUGUGGUGAGGAGGCCUGUGCAGAAAGCAGUGACCGAACAGAGGCUGCGUCUGUGGCUGCAGUGCAAGUGAAAAACUCAACGCUGAAUCCCAACGCGAAAGAAUUUCUUCCCAUAAAAGGAAACUCGUCACUGAAGCCUGCGUCGACCCCCACUCCUCCUCGGCCGACCCCUCCCAGCCCCUCUGUGGUGCUGCCUCCUCCAGGACAGCAAGGGGGCGGGGCCAUCUACAGCAGCCCACCUGGACACUACUUGUCCUUUGUCUCCCCCAUCCCCAUCCAAGGACACUCCAUCCAGGCUCCUCAGAUGUACCAGUACACCAUGUCAACUGUUAACCAGGGCAAAUACCCCAGAGCCAAAGGCCCGGUGGUGGGACCCCGCCCAGAGCACCACACCUCCCCAGCCUCCCCCAUGAUCUCAGCUGCAGCCUCUGCCACUGGACCCCCGCUGGUGGCUUCGCCUUACCCCCUGUCCUACCUGCAGUAUGGGCAGGUGAUCCAGGCCAUGCCCCCACACUAUCACGGACAGACGGUUUACUCGAUGUUUCAGGGGGGUACGAGGAUGCUGACGUCCGGGGCCCCUCCUCAGCCCAUGGGUCCUGGCCCUCAGUACCCUGGCCAGGCCGAGGGCCCGCCAGGGCCGCAACCAGCCAUGUAUGCUCCUCAGUCGUUCUCUCACCACACAGGCUCCAUUCAUCCUCCCCAGCCCUCCAGCACCCCCACUGGGAAUCAGCCCCCACCCCAGCACACAGCACCCAGCCCAGGACACUCUCAGUCGAGUCAGGGCGGUCCUCAGCCUCAGUCCAUAUUCCACUCCGGAGGUCUGUCGGCUCCCACUCCUCCUAACCUGCCGCCGGGCCACAGCUCCCCUCAGGCCUCCUACACCAUGCAGGGAUACAGCCUCCCCACGCACCAGCCGCUGCCCCACGGCUUCCCUUCCAUCAGCCAGCUCACACAGGCUCACGUCACAGGAGGCAUGUCAGGACCUCACCACUCUGCCAGCCACGGUCCCCCACCGGUCAUGCUGCACUACGCCCCCCCUCAGCAGGGAAGCGGCUCCAACCCCCAGCACGGCCAGCAGGGAGCACCGCAACACUUCUACAUCGCACCGCCCCAAGCUGUUCAGGUUCAGGCUCACCCGACCCAGCAGCUGUCCUUCCAUCCCUCUGCAAACUGAACUGUCCUCAUCACAGCUGGAUUCAGGAGCGAGGACGGCAGCGAUGCUGUGAGACAAAACCCGAAAAUCCCAAACAGCUCAAAACAUUCCCACCUCCCGACAUCAGAUCAUUACACCCCUGUUUUUACCCACAGCGCUCAGAGGAGCAGGCAGCGUCUCUCAGGAGAAAGGUUUCUGGAUUUUAAUAUGUAAGACAUGGACAUGAAGCUGGACUGAAGACAUAAACUGGUGAAAGGUUUUGGACUGACGACAGUGGAACCUUUGGUUUUUCUCUCCAUCCCACUUCUGUCAUUUUACAGAUGAAACCAAUUCAUUAAUAAUAAAACCACUGGGAAAAAAAAUGUUCUGAAACUUUUCAGUUCAAU